GGGGACGUGGGCCGGGUGUCGCGGGAGGGGGACGUGGCGGCCCUGCAGGAGCACCUGGAGCACGUCACCUUCUGCAGCGCCGAGCGAGAGCGCUGCCCCCACUGCCAGGGCCCCGCAGACCCGCUGCUGCUCAAGCUGCUGCGCCUGGCCCAGCUCUGCACCGAGUACCUGCUGCACUCGCAGGAGUACCUCAGCGCCCAGCUCGGCAGCCUGGAGGAGGCCCUGCGGGCGGCCCAGGCCCAGCGCGACCAGCUGGGCAAGGAGGUGGCCCACCGCUCGCAGGAGAUCAAGGGACUCAAGGAGGAGUGCCGCCGGAGGAAGAAGAUGAUCAGCACCCAGCAGAUGAUGCUGGAGGCCCGAGCCAGCUACCACCAGUGUCAGUUUUGUGAAAAGGCUUUUAUGAACUAUUCCUUUUUACAAAGUCACAUGCAAAGGCGCCAUCCGGAAGAAUCUCAGAUUGAACAGAAGAGGAAAGCAAAGACGGACAAAUUGCAGGAUGAGAUUGAUAAACUGAAGGAGCAGUUGCAGCUCACCAAGUCCCAGUUAGAGGCUGAACAACAGGCUAAUAUGGUCAGGUUUUCUAAGGAAUGUGAACAGCAAAAAUCAAAAGAAGAAGAAAUUCUACAAUCAUUUCAUAAAUGGAAAGAGGAGGAAAAAGAGAAAUUGGCUGAUGAAAUAGAAAAAGUGAAAGAGAUGUUUAUGAAAGAGCUUAAGGAGUUAUCUUCAAGAAAUUCAACAUUAGAAAAUCAACUGUUAGAAUUACAGAAGUCCAGUAUGCAACAAAAAUCCAAUUUAGGGACGCUGAUGGAUAGCCAAGAAUUUACAGAAGAGAAACCUCAGAGUCCUCAGGAUUAUCACAAUGUGGUUAAACUUCUUGAAAAACAGGAAAGUAAGUGGACGUCUAGAAUACAAGCCCUUCGUCAUGACCAUGAGACAGAAAAGUCCCUGCUACUGUCACAGAUUGAGAAGCUUAAAUCAUCAGUGAGAGAAGACCUGAAUAAAAAUAACACCUUUUACAAGAGGAGGAUAGAAGAAUUGGGGCAGAGGCUUCAGGAGCAGAAUGAUCUGAUUAUUACUCAGAAGAAGCAGAUAAAAGAAUUGUCCACGAGAUCAGUUGCAAGCAUCAGACCAUAUGAUGUGAACACUACUGUAGAGCACCUUGAAGAAUCUAAACCAAGCCUACCAGUGAUGCAUGAGCAGGCACCCUUGGUGCAUAUGCUGGAACCCAUAGAGGAGCUUUCAGAAGAGGAAAAAGAAAUUGAGAAAGGUGAUCAUAAAACAGGUAGAAGUAACCACUAUUUAAUAAAUGCUUUGAAGACCGAUCCUUCUUUAACUAAAGAAUUACGAGUUGUUUUGGAGCAAGCCCUGGAGGAGAAGCUGGAAUCCUUGGGAAUUAAAGCAGGUGUUCGCGGUAUCCCAAAUGAUCGCUUAAAUAAAAUUUUGCGUGCUAUUGAAUCUGCUAGAGAAUGCAAACUGAAGCAAGAGCCUGACAUUCAGCGAAUUCGAGAGCAUCUUGAACGCCAAGUUAGCUUUAGGGUUGAAGAGAAAUCAUCAUCUUGUAAUAGACCUGUUUCCUGUCCUCAGCUUCCUUCAGAAGAUAAACAGAAGUUCCAUCAAUUGGGAAUUUCCUCAUCUGCCACACCACAAAAACCAGUAAAACGGUCUUCAACAGCUGUCCGCCCAGCUGAACAAAGAACAGCCAUCGCUGAGAAUACAUCUACACCAAAGAAGCUUUUUGGAAAUGGAGUUUCCAGAAAGACAUCUAGUGUCACAACUCCACCAUUCAGUUCAGAGGAAGAAGCAGAUGAGGAUGAUAUUAAGCAGUCUUACAUAUCACCAGAAUUAUUGCAAAAGCAGUCAAAAACAUCAAGCAGCAAAGUCAGUGCUUUUCAGAAGGCUCCUGGCAAAAGCCAUAUGGAUGGGACGGCGGAAAGUGAAAUUGAAGAAACUGGAACACCUGCGAAAACUUCAAAAGGAGCAGUUAUUCAAAAACUGACCGAACAAGUUGGAAAGAGUCUUUCUAACCACGGAAAUAAGAACAAACCAGCUGGAGGGAUUAAUGUUGCGCAGGCAUUUAUUAAGAAAGAAGAGGUGCAAGAACUGAAGUUCACAGAAGUUGAUGAAGAUGAUUGGGAUAUAUCAUCAGUAGAAGAUGACUUUUUAUUAAUGAAAGAUGAUAGAGGCCAGAAGGCAUUGGCAGUUCAGAAAAAUGAGUCAAAUGCUGCAUCUGUGGUACAUGCAUGGGGUCUUCCGAAGACAAGUGUACCAAAGGAGGAAGGCCUUCAUGAAGCUGAUAAUACAAGCACGUUAAAAAGCAGCUUAGUCACUGUAACAGACUGGAGUGAUUCUUCAGAUAUAUAA